UGCCUGGCCAGCCCCCUGGUGCUGAUGAUCGCGGUGGGCUUCCUCGGCAACUCCGUGGUCUGCGUCAUCGUGUACCAGCGGCCGGCCAUGCGCUCCGCCAUCAACCUGCUGCUGGCCACGCUGGCCUUCUCGGACAUCAUGCUGUCGCUGUGCUGCAUGCCCUUCGCGGCCGCCACGCUGGUCACCGUGCGCUGGCGCUUCGGCGACUCCUUCUGCCGGCUCUCGGCCGCGCUCUACUGGUUCUUCGUCCUGGAGGGCGUGGCCGCCCUGCUCAUCAUCAGCGUGGACCGCUUCCUCAUCAUCGCCCAGCGCCAGGACCGGCUGACCCCGCGGCGGGCCAAGAGGGUCGGCCUGCGGCGGCGCCAGCGGCAGCAGCAGGUCAGCUUGGACUUGAGUUUCAAAACCAAGGCCUUCACCACCAUCCUCAUCCUCUUCGUGGGCUUCUCCCUGUGCUGGCUGCCGCACGCCGUCUACAGCCUCCUGUCCGUGUUCAGCCGGCGGUUCUACUGCAGCCCCUCCUUCUACACCACCAGCUCCUGCGUCCUGUGGCUCGGCUACAUCAAGUCUGUCUUCAACCCCAUCGUCUACUGCUGGAGGAUCAAAAAGUUCCGCGAGGCCUGCAUAGAGCUGCUGCCCCAGACCUUCCAGAUCCUCCCCAGAGUGCCUGAGCGCAUCCGAAGGCGCGUCCAGCCCAGCACCAUCUACACCUGCAAUGAAAACCAGUCGGCUGUCUAGCGAGAGGCCGCGGGUGGAGGGGGCACAGGGCCUGGCUGUCCUGCUCUGCCUCCUGGCAACUGAGCCCCAGUGGGCAUCCUGUGGCCGCCAAUGAAGCACAAAGGUACUCAUUUGUGAGCAGAGGAGCCCGGCUCCCUUGCAGGGUGAAUGAUUUCCGUGUUCUGCUGCAGGAGGGCAGGGGUGGGUCUGAUGGAGACUUGGGGAGGAAGGCGCUGGGAACUGGAGGGAGCAGGGAGUGGGCAGAAAGUCAGGGAAGAGGAGGGAGCAGGGGGUGGGUGGGCUGAGUGUGGGCAGGAGGAAGGCGCUGCUUAAGAGAAACCCUGUGGUUUCUUUACAUUGAUCACAUGAGCGUUUCCAACCAGGCCACAUCGUCCUUUCUGUAAACCAAGAUCACGCUGGGAGCAGAGGGAGCCGGUGCCUCUCAGCUCCCGGGAGGGCACGUGGGAGGCCCCGGGGCAGCUCAGCUGAGAGGAGAAGCCCAGUGAGGGCUGGGUGUGUACCCCACCUCUCCUGCCGCCCAGCACACCCUGUCUCUGGGCCUGGGGCCUCCAUCCUCCCUGUCUGCCAGGACCGUCCCUCUGCCCCUCUCUUUCCCUUGCUGCUCCCCAAGCCUCCCUUUGUUCCCUCUGCUUCUCUCCCCAGGGGGCAGAAAAGGCACAGUCCUUCUCUUGUAACUCAUCUUCUCAGCAAGUAUUUGAAGCGACCUGCUUUCCACCUCAGAAGUGGUCCGUGGGCUUAGUUUACACGUUUCCUCUGGACACGCUGAGGCUGUAGCCUCCCGAGCUGCCGCAUGGACUUCUGCGCUGGACCUGCUGGCAGGGGCCGGACAGACACCGACCUGCCCGCAGGUCCCCGUUGAUCUCUGUGCUCCUCCUACCUCAUUCCUCCGCUGUCCUCUGGGCCACCCGCCGG